AUUCAGACGUAGGAGCGAAGUGGCUCCCGCACAUCCACGGGCGUCAUGCGGCUAAAACGGCUCCGUUUGAUCAGAUCCACCGUAUUUAAAACGAGGAGCCACAACACAUUAAUCCAAUCGCCUCCAGUUCCAACUGUGACGCGAUAAUAAACCAGUCUCCGCCUCGGCUGGAGGACGUGUUGGCAGCUACAACCUGAGACGCAGUGAUGGACAGGGACACGUUCACAAAGGCCACAUUCUUUGGUACGCGUUAAAGCGCAGCCGUCGACGGAGCGUCGGACCUGAAGCGCUGAGACGUCGCGUCCUCAACGGGAUUCCUCGGACGCGGCUUCCUGUCGCGUCCUCCUCCAGAUAUGAGCCCGCGUCUCCUCCUCGGGCUCGGCCUGCUGCUCUGUGGGUGGCCCGCGGUCAGCGGCCUGUUUGAGUGGUUGAGGCGGCCAGAGGCGCCGGAGGCUGCGGCGGCCGCGUCCCCGCCGGCGGCCGCUCCAGGACGUCCGCGGAAGGACGCGCGCUUCGAGAUGGCCACCGCCGAUGAGACGUUUCUGGCCGAGGCCAAGCACGUGGAGCUGAGUGUGCUGGACACAUGUCAUCACAGGGUGGUGGCGGAGCUGCGGACGAACUGUGACAGUCUGUCAGAGGAGCAGCUGGCCAAGCUGGGGGUGCUUCUGUUCAACUGCCAGGCGGAGGUGGAGGGCCGCCGCACGUUCGCGUGCACCGAGGACAUGACCAUCAAAGAGUGCACCACUGACAUGGACGCGGACACGUGGAACGCCUACCACAUCGUGAGCAACCGCGCGCGCUCCGUCUGCUACGCGACUCGCCAGCAGCUCUUUCGGCGCCGCGCGGAGCAGACGGUGAACGCUCUGAUCUCCACGGCCAGCAGCCAGCUGGAAGCGAUGCGGGACCUGAAGGAGGGUCAGCUGGAGCUGCGCGACCUGACCGCAGCCUCUCUGCACGAGCUGCUGGAGGGACACGGCGCCCUGCAGGCGCAGCAGGGGGCGCUGGGCCGCGGCCAGGAGCAGCUGGAGUUCUCCCUGAGGGACAACCUGCAGCGUCUGAGUGAGGAGAAGGCGCUCAUCGCCUCCGGACAGGAGCUGGUAGCUCAGCUCAUUGUGGGCAUCACCCAGAGAAUGGAGAAUGUGAGUGACCUGAUGCAGGUCCAGGGCUCGGAGGUGCAGCACAGCCACAGGGCGAUUGUUCAGGACCUCGCAGAUGUUCGACACCAGGCUCAGGACAUCUAUGAGAAAAUAGACCACAGCAUGUCGGAGUUCCUGCAGUACCAGGACCGGACCUCGCAGUACUACUCGGACCUGAUGACCAAGCUGCAGCGCAUGAACAGCACGCUGGGCGUCCUGCUGCACUACCUGGACAGCAUGCAGAGCCGCGUGGACGAGCGGCUGCGCGUGAUCCAGGGCUACCUCUGCUGGGCGGGUCUGAGCCUCACGGCCUUGUGGACGUGCGUGGCUCACACAGGCUUCCUGCUGCUGGGCGCCGUGCUGCUGAGCUUCCUGCGCUGCCAGAGCUUCUCCCGGGUGGCGCUGCUCUGCACCGUGCCGCUGAACGCCGUGGCCGAGCUCAACCAGCAGCCGGCGCUGGACCUGCGCGGCCUCAGCCUGCUGCUGCUGGCGCUGUCUCUGGGUCACUGGUCCAUGAACCGGUUCUUCGCCUGGUUCUCCCGGAUCAGAGGGAACCCGGCUCCUCCAGCAGCGCUGCGUCACAACGUGGAGCCGCAGAAGCGGGACCCGUCGCACCGUUCAUAUCCACAGUUCUCUACGCCUCAGAAGAAAGAGAAGGACGGCGUUAUGGAGCAAGAAGAGCUGAACCAGCACAGCUUCAUAUCAGACCUGGGCGUCUCUCUAGUGUCGCCGUCUCACAAGAAACCAGUUCCAGAGUCGGGGUUCAUGCCUGUGGUGGGUGCAGCCGCUCGCGGGCUCACAGGGGCUCUUCUUGAUGACAACUCCCCGAGGAACCUGGGAAGCGUUUUUGAUGUGGUGAAUGACUCCCGUGACUUUGUACGGGACUUUCGAAGUCCCACGCCGUCCAUCAGCAACAGCUCUCUGUCAGGCCGGCAGCUCUGCAGCGGUAUCACAAAAACAGGGAAGGCCUGUAAGAAGAGAGCGGUGCCGGGACAGGAGUUCUGCCACGUCCACGAAGGAGGACACUCCUCCUACGUUCACUCCUGAAAACGUCCUACUUGAAAGUGCUCUCACCUGUUUGUGUCUUUGUUAAACCGUCUGCUUGCUUUUAAGUUUAAACUGGUUACACUCUUUUUUUUUUAAUGCUUUUACUGUUUGAUCAUCUAAAUUAAUAAAUGUCUGAAGCUGUACAGUUUAA